AAAAUCCUCUCUGAUUCAACUAGACUAGAAGGCGUGCCCAGUUGAAGAUUUCUGAAUCAAGAAAUCGAAAGUAAAUAUGUGACGGUGGAGAGGGAGCCUUGUAACCUGUUUUUUUUAAUCGCUCGAUUGAAGUAGAGAUCCCGUAGAGAAAGAGAAUAAACCCGAACUUUAUUGCGAAGUAAAUCCUACUCUGCACACUUCCAGACGGGAAGCGGCUGAAGGUUGCCAAAAGAUUUAAACUGACACCAUAUCUGUAUAUCCCCAAUGGGAACUCAGAAACCUCUCAUUGUGCCCUGGCUGAUAGAGCAGUUGGAUAGCCAGCGAUAUCCAGGUGUGUCUUGGCUCAACUCAGAAAAAACACUUUUCCGAGUGCCAUGGAAGCAUGCCUCACGGCAAAACAAUAACCCAAUGGAUUUUCAGAUCUUUGAGGAUUGGGCCAUUGUUAGACACCUUUACAACCCAGAAUCGGAUCCUCGAACCCCUUCAGAUUGGAAGAGGAACUUCCGCUCUGCUCUGAACCGAAAAGAUGGUAUUGAGAUGGUGGAGAAUAAUAGUACUGACUCUGAAGAUCCUCACAAAGUCUAUAAAAUCAACCUUAAUAUUGCCAAGUUAAAUAAUCCAAUUGAAGAGAUCAAUGAUGCCCCAUUGAUUCCAGCUGAAAGUAGAAGGUCACGGGGAUCAAGUUCAUCAUUUAGUCAGGGUGAAACACAGGAGAGUUCCGUGGAUCGUUCCAAUUCUGAUAAUGAUCCGGUUAGUUCUAUAUCACCAAUGGCUCUAUUGGAACAAACUGAUGGAACUAAUGAAUUUGUUCCAUAUUCAGGAAUAGCGCCAGAAAAUAUAAUUUCCUGUGGAAGCCCACCUUCAUCCAAUUUAGAAUUGUAUCCACCCAUUGCCAUGAUCUCACCAUUGGAACAACUGAUAACAACUCCAUUUGAGACAGAUUUUGAGGUUCGGACUUUUUAUCGGGGUCGUCAGGUCUUACACAAAUUGAUCAGUAAAGUGAAUUCACAAGGCCUGUGCUUUGUGCCUCCUGGUGUCCCUGGCAAUUAUCCUGAUUUGGAAGAUGUCUCAUUGCCUGACCCCACCACUUUGAGCGAUAAACUGCAAGCAGAUUACACUCUUCGCCUUCUCAAAGGAGUGGCUCCAGGUGUGCUUCUCCGUAUCAUGGGAAACCAACUGUGUGGCAUGCGCAAAGGUGUUUGCCAUGUCUAUUGGAGCCAAUCUGAAAUUCCGGGAGAUGGGAUACUGCAUGGAAAUCUACUGAAGGAACAGUUUGCUCCCAUCUUCAAUCUGCAGGUUUUCAUAUCAGAAUUGAUCGGGUACAUUGAAGGGUACAACGGUUGUCCUAAUUACACUUGGUGGUUAUGCUUUGGGGAAGAGUGGCCUGAUUCCAAUUGUGACUGGAAAAAAAAACUCAUCAUGGUACAAGUAGUUCCCACAGUUUUAGAAACUCUUUGUGAACUAGGCAAAAGUCAUGGGGCAUCAUCAUUAAAAAAUAAUGAACCAGACUUAAGGAUUUCAGAUUCUCUACAACAACAACAACAUCUUCUGGAGCAGCUGCGAAAGUGGGAAGAAAAGAUGGAUACAGUUUAGAAACUAGCUACACUGUACUGUACUGCAUGCUGCAUUCUUCUAUUCUACAGCAGAAUGACAUUUUGUCUUUCCUGUGAAAAGGUGAAACACCAAGAACUGAAAUGUAGCCUGAAAUUCUAUUGGACUUUUUGAGUUAAAUUGUUUCCCUCCUCCUGCCAGCCUUCUGUUUUGGGGCCUACGUACUGUCUAAAUGUUUAAAAGUUUGUUUCUUGUGUAUUUGAUCUAAUUAAACAUUGCUUCAUUUUAUCUUGAUAUGCUGCUUUUCUCCUUUUCUUGCUGAGAUACAAUAGGUUUAAUAUUACACAAAUCACAUUUUUCAUCUGAUUUAAAUAAUCUAGACAUAUGGAAAAUUCAAUAGCUUUUUUACUGUUUUGUCUAUUUUAUACAAACUUGAUUUUUUUUUUAAAUCGCCAGCAGUUUGGCACUUAAAAGACUUAUUUGUUGGAAUUUUUGUCAAACUAGUAUUGCACAGGUUUAGUUCCACUAUUAUUUGCGUCCUUAUCAAAUCUUACCAAAAGUCAGUCUUUAAUCCUGUUGCUACUCUUGCAAUUUGCUUCUCAGCUUGAUAUUACUUCUUUGUCAUCUCAAUUGGAAAGUGUGUAUUACAAUCCAUGAUUGAUGGAUGUCAUAAUCCAAUGUAUUUGGAGGGCGUGGCACACUAUUACCCACCUGUUCUAAUUAACUGUUUCCUGUACAGUGUAUUCCUAUGCUUGGAAUUUUCUUUUUGCUUUCUUCUAAAAUGUACUUAUUUAUGAUUAAAUUUAUUUGUCGCCUGUG